GUUCACCAAAAUAGUAUAGACGAGAACGGUCGUCGAUUGUGUUGUGGUUGCAACGUCGGGCAAAAAUGUCGGAGUAGCUCCUUUGUCUGUUGUUUGGCCAAAAAGCAGUGAGUGCAUAGUUUAAGCAAAUUUCAUAUUUUAAAACGCCAAUGACAUAAAAAUCAAUCAAAUCACACUCAAUUGAUGAGGCGUCCGCAUGUGAGAACAUUUUGUGCGCAUUUGCAUUUUUUUUUUUAUUCAAUUGUGUAAUAAUUUCAAAUCUGGAUUGAAAGUGGUGCGUCUCCGGAAGAAUCAGACUGCAGUUUAUUUUUUUUUCUCUUCUUCUACAUUUGCGUGAUUUUAUCCGUUGUGUAUCAACACACGCAGAAAGAGAUAAAACAACAGAACCCAUCGUAUCUGUCCAGCGUGAAUCUGGUCAAAAAAAAUUAAGAAAAGUAGAACAGAAGAAGUUCAUAAGACAAAAGUGAAAGAAACGCAUUUAUUUUUUGUUUUUGAACAUUUUUGUGGUUUUUAUUUCGUGGCUGCACCCGUGUUUGCCGAACGUUCUCUCUAUCUCUAUCCGCGCCGAAGAGUGCGUAUGUCGUUGGCUGCUCUCUAAUUGUUUUUCUAUUUUUUUUUUGUUUCUGUGUGUUUAUUUUUUGUGUUCCUUCUUUUGUUUAUUUUGUUGUUCCGUUGAAUUGGUGUGUCUGUGGCGAUAGCAGUUGAUUGCUGCUCGCAAGAAAAACCAAUAUGAAAUAAAAUUAAAAUAUGCUGAUGAUGACUCUCAAGACUAACAACCAAAAUUAAAAUUUUCUUCUCAUUUUCUAUGUUUCUCAUUCUAUCGAAAGCAAAUAAUAUCGGUCAGUGUGUGCAUGUGUGUUUGCUGCAACAUUCAACCAAUCAUUUUGAAAAGUGAUCAACGUAGACAAAAUACAAAAAUUAUAGAAUAUUUGUGUCAAAUAAAUCAAAAUCGAAAACAAAAUAUAAAAAAAAGAAAGAAAGAAAAAUAACCAGGAAUUGGUGUGCUCAUUUUGUCAGAAGAAGAAAAAUUCAGUACGGUUGUGCAAAGUUCAAUACGACAUCCAGCUAAGAUUUCUUAUAAAGAAGACAACGCGAAAACGACGAGAGAAGAAGAAGAAGAAAAUACAUCAUUUUUCUCUCUUUCAUUCAAUUUUUGACUGUGAUUUCCAUUUUCAUCGCAAGCAGUUUAUGCGACAUACAACGCAAAAAGUGGUUCAGAUCUCAAUUUAAAUACAAAGGAGGAAACAGGAAGAGAUAAUUAUUUGAAGGAAAAACAAUCGAAUUCAAAUAAAAAAUGGCAUACAAACAAAUGAAAAUGGUCCCGUUGCACAUCAUGUGCAUCGGUGUGGUGCUAAUUGGACCACUGUUAUCAACAGCACAAACCGUUAAUACAGCCGCCGACACAAAUUCACCAGCAAACACACGCAUCAUUCAAUUUCGCGAUGCAAACUUUUCGAUAUGGAAUGAAAAAGUCAAAUAUAACAGCACCGCCAUGACUAAUCCUAAGGGAAUGGAACCAUUGUACAAUAUCACAACCCUGAUUUUGGACUUUUUCUUGGGAAAAAAACCCAUUCCAGAUGGCUAUGUUGAAGUGUUGAAUAUGAAUGCAACGCUUGGACCGAAAGUACGUGAAAAUCAAUGGAUCGAUUUGGUGAAGCAUUAUUGGGCGAUUUUGCUGGUGGUAUUUGUUGCCGCUUUGAUCAUCGUAUUAAUGCCAAUCGUCGGAUUAUGCGUUUGUUGUUGUCGAUGCGCUGGAGCAUGUGGUGGACGUUCCCAGCCAUUUGAUAAAAAACACGAUACGUGCCGUCGUAUUUUCCUUGGCUUCUUUUUGAUCGUCGUUGCAACUGGAUUGGUUUUCAGUGUAAUCGUUGCGUUCGCCACAAACUAUUUAUUACAACAAGGUAUCGAGAAUGCAACAACAACAGCACGAUAUGGUGUGUCGGAUACACAGGAAUUUCUACGAUCCACAUCACUCCAAUCGAAUCACAUUCUGGUGAAAAAUUACGAUGAACUUACUGAUCAUUUGGAGCUUAUGCUAAUGGAUACGGCCGAAGUGGUGAUCAAGCAAUUGAAAGAGAAAUCGAAGGCGGUGUCAUUAACUCAGCUAGCUACUUUUGUUGAAACAUUACCGCAAAUUGAGCAAGAUCUGCAUCGUAUGAAGGAAAUAACGGGCGGUUUGCGAGUGAAUGCAAGUCAAUUGAGCGACGGUUUGCGAGGCGUAAAACGUGAAUUGCUGUUAGCAUUAACAAAAUGUCAGAGAGUUAAGGCUUGUCAAGAAGUUCUCGAACAGUAUGAAAUCGGAAAACUGGAUGUGAAUGGCAUUGAUUACGAUCAGAUGUUAGACCGAUAUUUUCCACGGUUGCCGGAUGUAAGCGAGAUGAUUGCUAGUGUUCACGAAUUGAACUCAGGGCACACAAUCGAUUCAAUUCGUCGCAGUCAACAUACGCUGGAAAAUCUUCGUGAUGAUAUCAAUCGCACGAUUUAUGCAAACAUUCCACAAGUGACAAAUUCAAUUCGGAAAACCGGCACAGCCAUGCGAAACAUUUCAUCGGAAAUUCAACGGACAUUGGCCCGCAUCUCAGAUGCAACAGGACAAACGAAACAACAUUUCAAUACGGCCGAUGUUUUUAUCAAAGAAUAUUACAUUUAUGUGUACUAUGCAUUGCUUGGAGUAUGCUCCAUUCUAUUGCUUGUAUUGAUGUGCAUCGUUUGCGGAUUGCUUUGUGGUAUCUGUGGCAAACGACCAGAUGGAUAUGGUGAUGAUUGCUGCAAUAAAGGUGCCGGCGCACGAUUUUUAAUCCUCGGCGUUACGGUUAUAUUUUUGACAACAUCCGUUCUAUUGGCGGUUGGUCUUGUGCUUUUCCUCAGCGGUCUAGUUUUGCAUCGAGGUGCUUGCGUGCCAUUAAGUAAUCGAAGUGAUAAUGUAUUCACUCAGUACAUUGAUCCGGUGAUUGAUUUGAAUACAGUCAUUUAUGCCAAUGGACAGCGGAUGAAAAUUCGUUCACCCGAGAUCGAGCCGUUGAGAAUAUCAAAAGUGAUUGAUUCGUGCCAUCGCAAUAAUUCCAUCUAUAAAGUGCUUAAUUUGCGAAACUAUUUUGAUAUCUACGAAAUAUUAACGUAUCCGGAUCGAUUUGAGAUCAAAUCACAACUGCAAAAGCUUGUUCAAAGUGUUGAAGUACCGAGCAUUGAAAUACAUGUGGAUGAAGCCAUUGUACGACUUGCUCAAUCUGGUCUUAAAGAUUUCGAUAUUGAUAAAUUUACCGAUAACUUGAACGAGGAAAUCACCAAGCAUAAUCUCAACACAAUUGCACAGAAACUCAUUGAUACGGCCACAAAAAUCUCGUCCAAUUCUGAAUAUAGUGAUAUUCGAACAAUUCUCAAGAAUCAAGCAUUGCAUUUACGUACGUAUCAAGAGCACUUGGUCACUCCGAUGGCUGAUCAAACAAAAGAAAUGCUCACACUAACACGACGUCUCGAAGAAAAUCUCAAAUUCAAUCGUAGCUCAUUCAAAGUGGCUCUCGAUGAUUUCAUCCGUGAAAUUAAAUUCGCUCAAGAUUUCAUUAACAAAGAAGGAACGGAAUUUGUACAAAAGGUUGCAAAUGAACUGGUCACUAGUUUCGAAGAAGAAAUCAAUACAUAUUUGAAUCUCGUGGUGAACCAAACCGAAAAUGAACUUGGACGUUGCGGCCCAUUGGCAAAUGUUUACAAAUCAAUUGUUGUGGCUGGUUGCAAUCGUAUUGUUAAUCCAUUAAAUGGAUUAUGGGCCGGAAUUAUAACGUGCAUUCUUCUAUUUUUGCCGGCAAUAGUAUUUAGUUUAAAGUUAUCUAGUUUAUAUCAAAAAUCUGAUCCGUAUCCCGGUCCAUUGGUUGAAGCAGAGUAUUUGUAUGAUGCAUACUCGGAGAGGGAUAAUAUACCAUUAGCAAAUAGUGGGCCGAAGAACAAGCGACGAAAAAAUGAUCGUCGCGUUUCAUCACGAGAUCGUCGUGCCGAAUACUAUGAAGACUCCGGUUCACCACAUCACGAGCAUCACAGUGGCAGCGGUUCACGCGAAGCACGAUACAGUGAUAUGGCUCCAAAGCACUGGAAUGGUGGACCGCCAAGAUAUCAAAAUCCACCAAUUGCGCCGCCAGCGUCAGAAUAUGAACGCCCACCGCCAUAUUAUUAUCCAGGCGCUCCAUCUGAGGACUAAAUUUUCUGCCAAUGAAAAACCAAAUGAAAUAACUGAUUUUUUUUUGCUCCAAAAUGACUUUCGUGUAUAAGCAAAAGAGAAAACGGAAUGAAAAAAAAAGGAAAACAAUUUCUUUGCCACAUUAAUGUGUGAUCGAUUAAGGGAUGACGUGCAUGUGUUUCAAUUAGAUUGCGAUUCCAGUUUGUCGAAUUAUACUACCAAGGUUUCUAUACGUAGAGAACUAUACAAAAUAUUAACAAGAAAAAUUCAUAAUACUAUUUGUGUUUUACAAUUUGAAUUGCAUAACUAAAAAAACAAAACAAAAAUUGUAUGUAUUAAAAUUUAAGAGAAUAGGUUUAAAUGAGAAUCAAAUUAGACAUAAAUAGUAUAUUCACCACCCCUCUGAAUAAGAGCAAAAUAUCUUGCUCAAGCUCAAAUGUACACGAUCUAAAUGAACUUGGAUUGAGAAGGAAAGAAAAAAAAGAUGGAAAAACAUAAAAUACACACUUUGUUUUUGGCAAAAAUGCGUUAUUUUUUCCUAGAUGAGUUUUCACCGAUGAAUACACCACAACACUGGCACCAUUAACAUUUAAGGCUUAAUGUGUUACGCCCCCGAAUUCAAAACUAUAUAUAUAUAUUUUUAUAUAAUUUUCAUAAUGAAAUCAGAUUUGAAGCGAGAUAAAAUAGCCGGAGUAUUGAGUGCAUGCAACCCGAUAGAUGAAAGAUUGGCAAUUUCAAUCGAAUUGAGUCGGAUUUGAGUCGGAUUUGAGUAAGAGAAUGGGCGAGAAGAUGAGAGAGACAGCGCGCAAAACCUGGUCGUGAAAAUCUAAAAUUAUAAUGUUCUAUUGAAUAAAGAGCUGUACGGAGUGAAUUCAUCAAAUUAUUAGUAUGUUUUUAUAAUUUCAUUGUAUUAGAAUUAAAGGCUGAUUAAGUGCAAAUAAGGUCAAACAGAAAGAUGCCAUUUUUUUGGUGUGCUUUUUUCCAUCUUAUUUGGCACUUGAAUUUAAAAAAUAAAAAAAAAAAAAAAACAAAUACAUAGAAAUUUAUAAAAUACAUAUGUAAUAUUUAAAAUACGUAAAUUUCAAUUUAAAAAAUAAAUUAAUAAGAUUUGUCAUAUAUAAUUUGCUGUCAUUUGUUCAGUUUGAACAUAUAUAAUAAAAUGUUCAGUAGAGCUAUGUGAUUUUCUAAAUGUUGCUCGAAAUAUAUUCGUUAAGAUGAUGCCACAGAUCCAGCUCCAUCAAUUUUUGACAGAGACAUUUUUUCUCAAUUUUUCUCUGAUUCUCCCAAACAUAUAGCCGACUCACACCACACAAAACUUCACAAAUAAGAAUUUGCUCAUUGAAGAAAGAAAAUAAGAAGCCAAAAGCACGUCAUCUACUGAAACGUUUAUCGUUUUUUUUAAACCUCUGAAAAUCUUCACAAUAUUUAGCUUUAGAUAAAAACGUUUUUAGUUUAUUUCCAUUGAUAUUAAGUGACAAAAAAAGACUUUGAAUCGAUUUUGAUUCAAUCGAAUUUAUAUGUAUGUUUUUUUAGCUAAAUUUCAAAUCAUAAUCGGGUCAAUAAAAAAAUGUAAUAAGCUUCGUAUAUGCAAAACAAAGCCAAAACACGCAACAAAUAAAAGAUUUAAAAAUUAUCCAUUUUUGUAAUUGAAAUAUUUUCUUUUCAAUUGAAACAAUUUUCUAUAGAACUUGUAUACUCGACACGGUCAAGUUAAUUUGCCAGAAAAUAUCUUUAGAUCGAUUUAUCAGAUUUUUGGCAGAUUUUUUUUUUAAACAUUUAUUAAGUUAUCUCCAACGCAGAACCUGCAUUGAUUGACAACUCAAUAAAUCUCUCCCAAAAUCAAAUCUCCCAGAAUUUAUCUGAUAAACACACCGUAUUUAUGCGGCUUUAACUAUCUGACGGUAUUCACUGCAAUUUACUUGACUCAAAAUAAAAUUGAUCUAAAUGAAAUUCCAAUUUAUACAGCUUUAUAAGUACAUUUGCUCACAACAGAAAAUUUAGAUUUAGAAAUAUGAAGAACAAAUGAAACCAAUGCGAUAUUUUGUUCAUUGGACACAAAAAAAGUAAAUCUAAUUAUUAAAUAAUACAAUAAACAAUCGAGAGAUGAAAAUACAAACUCUAGAACUCUUUACUAAGCGAUAAGCCAUAAAUAGUACAUUACUAAAAUCAAAAACCAUACAAGCAUUAUAUCCGUGUGUUGGUGUCUAAAACCAUCAACAAAUAUUCGA